GGGAUAUAUAUAUUGGUGAUAAUAUCAAGAUUCCUUCAGAUUACUUUUGAUUUCUGGCUUUGAAAUUGUUAAAUAGUUCAGUUUAUGAUAGAAAGACAACAAUUGAUUUUAUUCUUGGAAUGCAACUAUGUUAUUUAUCUCAGUUCAUGUAUCGGAAUUCGGAUCGAUUAUAGAAUUUGCAAAUAUUGUUCUCACAUCCUAAACUACCAAGGAUCUUAAAUUUGUGAUAUUGUUGAACAAUAAACUUGUACCGUGAUGGCAUUAAGCUGUCUUUCUCGCUUAAUAUGGGAGCAGAUAAUGAGCUGUUUGCCACCAGUGCACUUUUAUGAAGCCCGUUGCAUCAUUGGGGAAGAUCUUAUUGAUCAGACAUUGGAAUUAAAAUCUGAAAUUAUUUCUGUUUUAGAACUAGCCAACAAUAACGAUUCUUUUCUACCAACCUCUCUAGAUUCUUCAAAUUGCCCAACAGACGUGGAAUAUUUCACUUUCCUUUAUUUAAAUUCCAUCGAAAAAUCGAAGCACAAUAAUCCUGAUCAAACAUUUGAUGGUUUGAAAGAAGAAUCUGAACUUGAAUAUUACACUCGAAAAAUAAGAAAUGCUAUACUUGCAGAAAUCUCACAUUUGAAAACUUACUUACAAAAUAUUCAGAAUUCUCUUUUGGAAAACUUUAGUACAUUAAAUCAUGAACAGGAAAAUAUCAGUCAAACCCUUCAAGCAGAUUCAGUGUCAUCCAAACCAAAACCAGUUCACAACAAUUCAGUAACUAACCAGAAACUGUCUUGCGGUUUAGAGUUCCUCCUUAGUCAAAAUUCAAUUAAUGGGUUACUUAGCAAUUCAAAUGUUCCUUGUUCAUCAGUUUCAUUGUCAAAUCGAUCAUCAAGUGACACUUCCUCUUCUUCAUCCUUAUCCAGUAAAUCUAAGAGAAAAUCAAUUCAUGAUUCGUUGUCUCUUCAUCAGAAUUUGAAUAACUGUAGACAAAUGCAAAUGUUGUCUUUAGAAAAUAACAAAGCUAUUACGAAUAGUAAUAAUGUCCUACGGAAAUCAAUAACUACCUACAAAUUAUCCACCUUAGAGACAAAACAAUUACAAAGUGAUACAAAUCAAAAAUUUGAUGAACAAAUUCAUUUACCUGAUAUUUCAAAUUCAUUAACAUCAAAUUCAUUUAAACAAUUAAAACAAAAAUCUUAUUUAAUCAAUAAAUCUCAAUUAAUCAAUCAGAAUGUAUUAUAUAAGUCAGAUUCAACUCAAUUAUGUAAUAUAAAACAAAUAUAUUCUAAUGAUAAUCGUUAUAAUUCAGCGCAAAAAUUUCGACAAAUGAUAUUAAAAGCGCGUCAAGAUAGCGGAAAUUAUUAAAAAUCAAUUCUAUUAUUGAUUGUUAUUUGUUUUUUCCCUUUAAUUAUAUUGAUGAUAUUAAAUCGAUAAUAUUGAUUUAGUAAAUAAAUAAACUUGUAAAUAUUUUUUAAAUUUUCAAUAAAAUAUAAGAAAUAAUUGGUUGUAUUCA